AUGGCUACUACUGGCACGAGCUCGAUUUCGGAGCUCUACAGAUCCUACAAGAAGUUGACGAAUGGCUUUUUGACCUGGCUCUGGUGCCAGCAUCGCCUCAAAGCACCCACCGAAACCGACCUGAAGUUCAAGUCAACAGCCGAUAUUCUGAAGACGGCUAAGCUGCUGCAAGAGUCCAAAGCGAAGGUCCCGGUCUCCGUGAUUGGGUCUCUCCGACAGGCGAUAAAAACGCGGAAGCUCGUCGCCGACAUCUACCAGCAGUUCGGCGCCGGUCAUCACGGGCACGACGCAUUUAUUGACAGACUCGAGGAAGUUCUUUCCACACUGGCUCCUUUGGUGAAGGGUGACCGAGCUCCUUCGGUGGACGAAUCCAACACAGAAGAUGAGCCCUCAUCCAAUCGCUUUUACCAUCUCCCGACGGUUGAGUCUGAGCUCGAUGGAGAGGAAGCCCCCAUCCAAACCGGCCACAAGCAUAGUGGCUCGCCCUUAUCUUCUUCCUAUACCGCAGAUCCCCCGAGCGAGUCCGGCACACCGUCCGACUUUUUCUUGGAAGAUGAUUACAUCCGCGAGGUGUUCGAGGCUGCGUAUUUCAUAAUGGAGCUGGACAGUGUCCACACAUUGCUCAAGAAGUGCUGGAUAGAUGCGUCUCGCGGCACCUUGCCGUUGCCCUUGGCGGCUUGGAUGACCAACUUCGCCAUGUACACAAUCGCCAGAAGAACCCCGCCGAAAUUCGUUCAGGUUUGCGUCGCCAUGUCCGUCUCCCUCGAGUGUACCAGCCAAUUCUUUUCACAACUCUCCGACAAGGUCGAUCCGAGAUCUUUCGUCUCAGACGCACGCCGCUUUUUCAUGCUCGCUCAGACCGUUAACGAAUACGGUCAAACGCUCUCAGGCGCACCGAGACCGAUGAUCCAAGGAAAGAACAUGAUUUGCCACAACCCUGGGUGUGUAUGCAAGUUCAAUGCCUCAUACGAAGCUGCUUUCGGUGGUGGCCCUACUGCAGACGUUGGAGAGGAGCUUUCCGCGUCUGACAAGGCGAUGGUGUGCUCCAUUUUCGACAUCGUUCGUGCCGACCUUGACACAGAACGGGCAAUCGGUAUUCUGGAAGCCACGAAGCCCUUGUCAUGUGGGUGUUUCACUCCGAUCUGCGAUUCGUUCUUCUUCACUGCCAGAGAUUACCUCUCGCAAAGUGUGCUCCUGGCCUCGUCGAGAAUAGUCGCGGCAUUUAACUUGUACCUUCUCACGGACCAAUCGAUCACUACUUCGGAGGCUACAAUCACUCGGCCUCAUUACCGCUUCAAGUCGAUCCGCCUGGCUAUCGACAUGCGAAAGAGCGUCUUGCCAGUUUUGGAGGCUGUCAAUGAAAUGAUUCCAAACUGCGACAGAGCCAAAUACUGGCAGGGCCAACUCCACGAAUUUCUCAAUGCUCUUACAGCCUACGUCUCCGAGAAGAAUUUUGACACGUACCACACGUCGCCCUGGGUCGCAGGCAGCCACAUGAUGGAGUUGCUUAACGCGGCUUUUGGCUAUGGCUUCCGCAUAAAUUCGGACUGGGCAGUCAUCUCGGCUACUUUGCAUCUAUAUAACGCCAUGCGCCGCUGUGUUGCCGAGACGCCUAAAAUACCAGUGUUCGAAGGACUUUCCCGAGUGCUCAUUCAAAGCAUCUUUGGAGGGAGCAUGCCAGAGAGAAACUUCUGUUCCACAUUCCGUCGCAUUGUGUACAACAGCAAAGUCGAGAAGGGCGACGUUUCACGUGGCGAUUCCAAAAUGUUCCGCCUGGAAGCUGGAUUCGUACAGCUCCCACAGCUCAUGGAAAUCAACUCCCAUCUGCUAGACCAACACUUUUCCAAUCACGACAACAGCGCGCUAUUCCGCGGAGACGUCCUCGGCAUCCCAUACCAGCCAGCCUUAGGCCCCAAGUCGUACUACAAGAUCAGCGAAGCCCAGGCCAAGCUGAAACUAUCCGAGUACAUGGAGAAGGCUAAGAACACGGUUCUUCUGGAUAUCGAGGGACCUCAGCCUAUCGCUCGCAUAAACCUCUUUGCCGUCUUCACUCUGUGCAGCAAAUUUCUCAACAAGCUCGGUACCCUCGGCAAACCGCACAUGCCGAAGGGCAUUUGGUCAUCAUUUGUAAGUGAUCAGCUCAAGAAUGAUCUUGUUGUUGGUCGUUGCGAUGCAGAAUUCUUGAUGGAGUCCAUCGACGAUUUCUCGAGCAGUAAACAGGGCAGACGUUACUUACAGCGGACGGGCCCUAUUCGUGACGCCAUCAAGGCCUUCAAAGAGAUCGACCCAGAGACGCCUUUGUCGCAAUGCAUGUGGGAUCUCUGA